AUGUCUCAAUCACAGCUUGACAUCAAGGCGCUUCGGGCAAAGUUCCCAGCUCUUCAGCAAGACCAAGUCUUUCUCGACAACGCGGGUGGAAGUCAAAUUCUGGGGGCCGCAGCUGACUCGAUACGAGACUACCUCAUUACCUCAAAUGUGCAGUUGGGCGCCUCGUAUGGCGUAGGCAAACUCUCGGCGACAAAAGUGGACAAAGGCUACGAAGCAGCUGCACGAUACAUCAAUGCACUGCCUGAUGAAAUUGUCUACGGUGCUUCUUCAACCCAACUGCUGCGCAACCUCGCACUGGCCCUCACCUUUGCUCAAGGCGACGAGAUCAUCGUAUCAACUCUCGACCACGAAGCAAACAUCGCACCAUGGCUAGACCUAGCUGAGCGACAAGGACUCAACAUCAAAUGGUGGACCCCAGAAGGUCAAGGCAACAACCCCAAGCUCACAGCUGAGAGUCUAAAAACGCUCUUAUCCGACAGGACGAGAUUCCUUGCCUUGACUCACUGUACCAACCUGCUUGGAUCAAUCCACGACAUCAGGGCCAUCUCUGCAGCUGCUCAUGAGUACCCGAAUGUUUUUGUUUGUGUCGAUGGAGUAGCUUAUGCCCCUCACCGACCCCUUGACGUCAAGGAUCUUGGAGUUGACUUCUACUGCCUCUCGUGGUAUAAAGUCUUUGGCCCUCACAUUGCAAUGCUCUACGGCAGUCGCGAGGCUCAGAAACAGCUUCGUCCUUUGGGUCACUACUUCAACCCGGCUGACAGUCUGUCGGACAAGGCUGGAUUUUCCGCUGGGAGCUACGAGUUGAUAGCGAGUAUAUCUGUUGUGGUCGACCACUUACUUGCUGAAAGCUGGGAGAAGAGUAUUCAACAAGAGACGGAGAUUCAGACCUUGCUCCUCGAUUAUCUGACCAAACGAGAAGACGCCACGAUUUACGGAGAACCGAGUUCGGACCCCAGCAAGCGGCUGCCUAUUGUUAGCUUCACCAUCGACGGCUGGAACUCUCGAAGUGUCAUAGCAGCUAUUGAAGCAAACUCGAAUCUCGGGUUGAAGCAUGGCCACUUUUACUCCCAUCGCCUGGUGAAGGAAGUUCUCGAUCUGGAUACUACUGAUGGCGUUGUUCGAGUCAGCAUGGCACACUAUAAUACUCGUGAGGAGAUUCAGACUGUGAUAGAUACUUUGCAGAACAUCAUUGUGAAACAAUGA